AUGGCAUCCUUACCUGAACUAGUAAAAAGUCUAAGUGUCGCCUUUGAUGGCCAAGAUUUUGACAGUUGUACAAAGUUACUCACACCUAUAAAGAUAGAAUUACUGAAGAAUAAUGUAUUUGUUCCAGAUUUUAGUAACCAAAGUGAGGUUUACUAUAAUGACCUAAAUAUAUCCAAGAAAAUAUUGGAAAUAGGGGCUUUAGUAAGCAUUUAUACUCUAAACUUUCCCUCAUUCCAAAAUUACUUUGAUCAAUUAAGACCAUACUACUUUGGAACCAAUUCUUCUUUAUCUACCUCCGAAAAUAAAUCAAAAUUGAUCAGUUUAUACCUGUUAAUUUUGCUUUCUGAAGGGGAUAUCAGUAAAUUCCACUCAGAAUUAGAAUAUGUUGACAAACAUCUCCCUAACUUAGAAGAUGAUGAAUUUCUAUCGUAUCCAAUUAAAUUAGAAAGAUGGUUAAUGGAAGGGUCAUACCAAAAGGCUUGGGAUUUAUUACAAUCUGGUUCCAAAGUUCCUGAAUUUGACGUCUUUACAAAGACUCUAAUGGAUGCAAUCAGAGAAGAAAUUGCAUGUAAUACACAACUAUCUUAUGAUACAUUACCAUUGUCCAAUGUUAAAGUACUAUUGUUUUUCAAUAAUGAAAAGGAGACAGAGGCAUUUGCUUUAGAACGUGGAUGGAGUAUAACGGAUGCUAUGGUCACAUUUUUAGACGAAACAGAAUCAGAUGAAACUGAAGCUAAUUCUGACUUAAUCGUUCAAUCACUCGACUAUGCUAUUAAUUUGGAAACUAUUGUUUAA